GUCAUGAAUCAGACGACUGUUUGGUUAACGAGAGGUGUCUUUGCCUUCAAAUUCAAUGACAAACAAAUCAUUUGAUCAUAAAUUCAAUGCUUUUUAUAUUUAAACUAAACUUUAUUUUUAUAAAUUGAUUGCAAUUUAAUUGACAGACAAUUAGACAAUGAGUGAAAACAGCGAGAAAGUGGAUCAAGUGAUGAAAGCGACCAAUGAUAGCGGCUCAAAUUCAUUACCAAAUAAUACAAAGAAACCCAAGAAUAAGAACCGCAAGAAUAAGAAGAGCAAAGAGUUGGCGAACAAGAGUGAGGGCGCGGGCGGAGGGCCGACGCCGUGUUGCGGACCGGACUCGCCGUGCGGUCAGUCCGGCAAUCAUUUGAGCGAAACGGACGGCGCGGUCGGACCGGCCACUGAUGGCGACCCCAAUGAGAUGAAUGCGUGGACUUAUAACAAGUUGCAGGACAUCAAGAAAGCGGUGGAGAUGUUGAACCUCUAUCAGGGCUCGACCGCCGCUAAGACACCGGAAGACGCCCUCAAAAAGCGGUACGAGUUUUGGGACACACAGCCGGUGCCCAAACUCGAUGAGGUGCCCGAAGUGAACCAAGAGAUUGAGGCCAAUAAGUCGAGCGAACAGAUCAAACCGGACUCUUUGAAUCUUCCGCAGGACAUCAAAACUCUAGGCUUUAGAAAAAUGCAAUCAAAAGACGUGAAGAAAGUGCAGACAUUGUUGGCUUCAUAUCUGAAUCGCUUCGAUCUCUCGCCUGUGUUUGACUUCGAAGAAAUGGUUCACUGGUUUACUCCUAAAGAGGAUGUGGUGGACAGUUAUGUGGUUGAGAGACCCGGGAAAGAGGGAAAGAAAGGCGCGACAGAGAUCAUAGGGUUCGCCAGUUUCUACACAUUGCCCUCUUCUGUUAUGCAUCACCCGACCUAUAAGAGCAUUAAAGCCGCCUAUGCUUUCUAUACGGUUGCUUCCGGUGAUGUCAGCCUUCAUGACCUCAUGCAAGACGUCCUAACUGUGGCUAAAAAUGCCGGUUAUGACGUAUUCAAUGCCUUAGACCUCAUGGAUAACAAAGAGUUUCUGGAGAAACUAAAGUUUGGUAUCGGAGACGGAAAUCUGCAGUACUAUCUGUUCAACUGGAAGUGUCCGCCCCUUUCAUCCGAGAAGAUUGCACUCGUCUUACAAUAAGUCCUCAUUAAAAUUGAGAUUCAGAUAAGAAUGCAUUAAAUUCUAUGAAAUUUUACUAUUUAUUGAUUAAAUGCUUUGGAUUUGUCAUAACUUUGAGAUACAAUACAAACUACUUGACUAUUGUUUUGCAUUACAUGUAAAUCU